CAGACUUCACAUUCCAGUUGACUUGGGUGGACAUCAACUCUCUCUCUCUCUCUCUCUCAAUCUCUAUAUAUAUCGCCUGUGCUUUCUCUGUCUUUACUUCCACUUUCCAUAUGGUUUUCACGAAGAAGUUGACUUGGAAGAUGGCCAUGGCGUUCAAAAUCUUCAUGAGGCUGGCGGUGUGUUAUCUGGGCAUUUCUUGGUUCCUCUUAGCUGCUGCCAUUCCUGCAACCCGAAGCUUGAGCUCGAGCAACGAAAUCAAAUCACUCCCGGAAUGGAAAUCACUUUCUCUGGAUGGUGUGGAGCUGAUCGAAGGUGGAGCGACACACGAAGUGGAGAGACGGAUGGACGUGGAGAAAAAUGACUAUCCAGGACCAGGCCAUAAUCCUCGUCAUGACCCACCCCCAGUUCCAACCCAUUGACACCAUAAUGGCAUUUAUCGUUCACUUACUUGCUCCUGGAAAACAAUAGAUAAUGUAUUUUUGUCAUGUGAAGAGACAGAUGGAUGAAUUUAUAGGAAAGGUUGGGAUUUGGAGGUUCAAGUUAAGGACAACGAACAAGGAUUUCCCUCAAACUGGCUUCUAUCAUUGUCCCUCGUCAUUGCAAAACGUGCCGACAUCGAAGUUAGUCGUUUCCAAUCCAGAUCACAUAUAUGAACAAGAGGCGUGUUAAAUUAAUCAUAUCAUGGAGCCAUCUCGACUCGCAUGAUCAUAUGAAAUAUCGGUAGAUGUGAUGUUAUAUGGUUAUUUUCUCCAGCAUAAGAAAAGGUAAGAGAUCGAUGUUGAUGUAGGUAAUAUAUAUAAGUAAGAGGCGUUUUACAAUAAUCAUUAUGUUGAGUCAUUUCAACUUGUAUGAUUAUACGGAAUAUUGGGACUUUGGUGAAAUGAUCAGUAUGUCGUUGUUGUUU